UUUCGCAUCUUCCUUCUUCUGAAGAAGAGCAAUUCUCAGAAACCCGCCUUCUUCCUUUUUUCUUGUUCUUCUACUACGGUUGACUUUUUCUGACUGCAGAAGAGGAGAAAGUCCCAGUUUUUUUGGGAUCUUCUGCUGAUUCUGUUGCCUGGUGGAUCUGCACGAGUCUUUAUAAUGGGUGUAAAGCUAUUCAAGGUUGAGGUAUUGUGGAAUCUGAUCUGUGUAUAAAAGAAGGGAAAGAUGAUGAUGUUUGAAGAGAUGGGGUUUUGUGGUGAUUCGGAUAUGUAUUCUGCUCCCACUGGGGAAGGAGAUGUUGUCACCCGGCAGACUGAACCAGAGGUGGCUGUUGAAGAUGAUUACAGUGAUGAGGAAAUCGAUGUGGAUGAGCUCGAGAGGAGGAUGUGGAGGGACAAGAUGCGCCUGAAACGGCUGAAGGAACAAAACAAAUCUAGGGAUGGAAUAGAUGCAGUGAAGCAAAGGCAGUCCCAAGAACAGGCAAGGAGGAAGAAGAUGUCAAGGGCUCAAGAUGGCAUCUUGAAGUACAUGCUAAAGAUGAUGGAGGUUUGCAAGGCUCAAGGAUUUGUUUAUGGGAUAAUUCCAGAGAAGGGAAAACCUGUGACUGGGGCAUCUGACAAUCUCCGCGAAUGGUGGAAGGAUAAAGUCAGAUUUGAUAGGAAUGGCCCGGCUGCCAUCGCCAAAUAUCAGGCUGAUAAUGCAGUUCCAGGCAAGAAUGAUGGAUGCAGUUCUCUUGGUCCAACUCCACACACUCUGCAAGAGCUUCAGGACACAACCCUGGGUUCUCUCUUGUCAGCGCUGAUGCAGCACUGCGAUCCGCCUCAGAGACGGUUUCCUUUGGAGAAGGGAGUUCCUCCACCAUGGUGGCCCAGUGGGAAUGAAGAUUGGUGGCCACAGAUCGGUUUACCUAAAGAUCAAGGCCCUCCACCAUACAAGAAGCCACAUGAUCUCAAGAAGGCAUGGAAAGUAGGUGUUUUAACUGCUGUCAUAAAGCACAUGUCUCCUGAUAUUGCCAAGAUUCGCAGGCUAGUCAGGCAGUCCAAAUGCCUUCAAGAUAAAAUGACAGCCAAGGAAAGCGCGACCUGGCUUGCCAUCAUCAACCAGGAGGAGGCUUUGGCAAGAGAACUAUACCCUGAUUAUUGCCCUCCAUUAUCCUCAGCUGGAGGUAGUGGAUCUUUGGUAAUCAAUGAUUGCAGUGAGUAUGAUGUUGAAGGAGCCGAGGAAGAGCCAAAUUUUGAUGUGGAGGAGCAGAAGCCUGAAAAUCUUAAUCCAUCCAAUCUUGGGAUGGAUAGAAUGAGGGGAAGACUGCCAGUUCAGCAACCUUCUUUUCCCAUCAAGGGAGAGCUUGUUACAAACUUGGAUUUCCUUGGGAAGAGGAAGGCUCCCAAUGACUUUAACAUGAUGAUCAAUCAUAAAGUCUACACAUGUGAGCACCCUCAAUGCCCUUACAAUGAUGUUCGCCUUGCUUUCGCUGAUAGGACAUCUCGGGACAAUCAUCAAUUGAAUUGCCCAUGUCGAGGCACUUCCUCAGAUUUUGGUGGGUCAAAUUUCCAUGUUAAUGAGGUGAAGCCAGUUAUCUUCCCUCAAUCUUUUGCCCAACCCAAGACUACUGCUCAGUCUGUUAAUUUCACUGCCUCUUCACUAAAUCUAUCAGGGCUUGGCGUCCCUGAAGAUGGCCAGAAGAUGAUUAGUGACCUUAUGUCAGUCUAUGAUGCGAAUGUUCAAGGAAGCAAGAACAUAAGUUCUGGUAGCCGUGUAACUGUGGAAAACCAGAACCUUCCCCAAUCCCACGUUCAGCAUCAACAAAACAAUUUCUUCCCUAAUCAGGGAGUUGUUAUGGAUGGGAACUUCUUUGAAGACUCCAACAUGUCCAAUAAUCAGCAGAUGUUUGCUCGCAAGGAAGGUUAUUUUGACCGGUUCAAGGCCAUGAACUCUCCAUUUGAAGCCAACAAUCAUAUCAGCAACAGCAGUAAUAACUCCAAUUUCAAUUUAAUGUUUGGGUCCCCCUGUGAUUUGGCAUCUUUUGAUUUUAAGGAUGAUAUGCAAGCAAGCGUAGGAGGCAUGGAAUCUCUUCAGGAACAGCCAGAUUUAUCGUCAAUAUGGUAUCCUCAGUGAAAGUGACUUUGAAAGAACUCAUGUAUCAUGGGACUCUUCUAUUUUUCCUUUAAAUCAUGUGAAGUUCCCGUGACUAAGAAAAGGUAGUUCACUGCAUUUUUCUUCACAUGUAAUCCAUGUAGGUUUUGGCCCCAAAAAAAAGAAGAAAAAGAGUCCUUGUAGGUCUAGAUAUUAUUGUUCUGUGCUUGGCAGGUCUGGUAUAUGGGGUUAAUAAACAAUGGAAUCUCCUAUUUUGUAACCCUAUAUUUUGUGUGUUUUAUCAGUGUAGCCCUGUUGUCAGUAAUAUUUUAUGUAUGCAUGUGAUAUAAAUAAGUUUAUAGUCUCUCUAAUUUUCAGUUCCACCAUAGUCAUGGCCUGAAUAUCUGCCUGCUACCAAAGCAUAUUUUUGUGCAAGUUAAAUCCUGUGAGCCUGAACUAUCUGUUAUUGUCAAACUAUCACUUAGUGGGCUCCGUUAUGCUACAAGACGUUCUUCAUUAUUUGAAAGCUUGUAAAUGACUCAUUGGUGGACUCUACUAUUUGGUGGAUUCACUUGUUUGAAUGUGAAGAUUAUGAACAGUGUUUUGUGACACA